CAAGGUUAGAUGUAGCUGUCAUAAAGUAGAACGUUCAAUCUGGGACCAAAACAUUAAGCAAGAGGCAUUUUUAUUUGCUUUAAACACUAGCUGGUACACAAUGAUUUAUUGAGGUACAUUGUAAGCAAUCUGAUAUCAUGAAGGUUGCAAUUAUUGGAGCUGGUGCCAGCGGGCUCACGGCCAUCAAGUGUUGCCUGGAUGAAGAGCUUGAACCGACAUGUUAUGAACGGACAGAUGAACUUGGGGGUCUGUGGAACUACAAAGAUGAAGUGAGGGAUGGCCAGGCCAGUGUUAUGAAAUCUACAGUGAUCAACACCAGCAAGGAGAUAAUGUGUUACAGUGACUUUCCAAUACCAGCCGAGUACCCUGUGUUCAUGCACAACAAGUAUGUUCUGCGGUAUUUCCAUCUGUAUGCACAGGAGUUCAGACUAACCAAGUAUAUACAGUUCAACACUGAGAUAAUCACGUUGAAGAAAUGUAGGGAUUUUGCAUCUACAGGCAAAUGGCUGCUAAAUGUGAAAGACAAACUUACAGGUGAAUGCAAGGAACUUGUAUAUGACGCAGUUCUGAUUUGUACUGGCCACCAUGCCAAUACACACAAGCCAUCUUUCCCUGGACAGGACAGGUUCAAAGGGAAGAUAAUUCAUUCCCAUGACUACAAGAACAGCCUCAGCUAUGAGGACAAGCGGGUCGUUAUUGUUGGUAUCGGCAACUCUGGGGGUGAUGCUGCUGUGGAACUUAGUAGAGUGGCCUCACAGGUGUUUCUGAGUACACGUCGCGGGUCCUGGAUCUUGAACAGAGUCGCAGAGAAAGGCAUGCCGGUCGACAUGUGCUAUAUCAGCCGGUUCUUCAACGCCCUUCAGACACGAUUUCCGGGUUUUAUCGAGACCAUGGCCAAAAAGCAACUCAACAAUAAAGUUGAUCUUGAGUUGUACUCCUUGAAACCAAAGCAUGGCCCAUUUGCACAACAUCCAACUGUUAACGAUGAUUUGCCAAACAGAAUUAUCUGUGGUUCAGUGAAAGUGAAGUCUAAUAUUGAAGAAAUCACAGAGACUGGUAUUAAGUUUGACGACGGGACAUUUGAAGAUGAUAUAGAUGUUCUAUUUCUUGCCACGGGGUACACAUUCGGUUUCCCCUUCCUUGACAAAAGCGUCAUUGAAGUUGAGAACAAUAAGGUGGAAUUGUUUAAGUAUAUGUUUCCCCCUGACUUGGAGCAUCAUACUCUAGCUGUGAUAGGCUUUAUACAGCCGCUAGGAGCCAUCAUGCCCAUCAGUGAACUACAGUGUCGGCUUGCCACAAGGGUUUUUAAGGGUGUCACCAAACUUCCCAGCAGGUCUGAGAUGUGGUCAAAUAUCAAGGGGAAAGCGGAGGCCAUGUCCGCACGGUACGUGCAUUCGCCACGUCACACGAUACAGGUGGAUUACAUCCCUUUCCUGGAUGAGCUGGCGUUGCUGAACGGGUGUAAACCCAACCUAGUGAAGCUGCUGUUGAAGGAUCGUGCUCUUGCCAUGAAGUGUAUAUUCGGCCCCUGCACGCCCUACCAAUUCCGACUAGAGGGGCCAGGCAAGUGGAAAGGCGCUAGAAAAGCCAUCAUGACACAGUGGGACCGUACCCUUGCGCCUUUGAAGACCAAACCCAUUGAAGCGAGUAAGAAAAAUGAGAUGUUGGGAUUUUUGUGGUUUUACAUCUGUUUUGUGGGACUAUUUGUUCUGGUGCUAAGCUGGUUUAAGCAUUGAGGAUAAGUGAAGACAACACUGUGAUUUGUCAGUAGUCUGUUAGUUUCAAGGAUGUGAAAUGAAUUGUUGAUUUCCAUUUUUAGCCGGUCUGUUUGCGAAGAAAAAAGUCAAGUUUAAUAUGGGUCAGGUAGGCUUGGUGUUGUUAUUUAUGUGAAGAUAGUAAUCUUAGUCAUUAUGAAAAAACAGUUAAAGAUAUUCACAUAUAGAACAACUGUUAUGAUUAACAAUUACAGAUGUGUAGCAACUACAAGCAUAACUCUCUGGCUUUAAUAAUUGUAGUUAUUCUUUUAUUGACUAAAAAAAACAGUCAAGCAUUGGAAUGCUCUUUUGGUGCUCUUUGACGUAUAUAUUUUUUUUUCUUAAGGAGCAAUUGAUGGCAAGCUUAUUGUCUGUUUUAUUUUUAGGGACAAAAUCAAUUUCAACAUUAUUUACAAUUAUUUUACUGCUAUAUAUUCGUAGUCUAGUCCAUGUUUUUUUUUUAAACAUUACGAUGAAUAUAUGACAUAUACAUAAUAAUAUAAUUUAUAUAUAUAUAUCAAA